GACUCGGGAGGAGGAGGAGGGAGGAAGGAGGGAGGAAAAGUUGUUGUGAGGGCGGGGCCGCGUCGGGAGUCGCCGCCGGGAGGGGGCGAGAGAGGAGCUGCCCGCGGGAGCCGCUGGGGACGGGAGAUUCACUGGAAAGAGAAUGAAAUAAACAUGGAGUCUUCUAAACUGAAAUAUAUUUCAUGGGUCACAGUCAAAAGUGAAAAGAAGAUGGAACGAAAUGAGAGAACAGGAGUAUAACGCCUGUCAAGAACUUUCCAUUUUUGUGAUACAUAUAAACUUGCGUUAUAAUACAACUAAUGAUUUAUAGUAAUACUUUACUGAUAGCCCUGGAAGGAGAAAUCAGUUACUGUGCAACUUGCUUAAUACGAACUUUUAUUCUAAUAACUUUUAACAUGUUUUAACCUUAACUGGACACUUUUUUUUUUUUUUUUUAAGUCUGAGAGUUAGAAACUUUGUAUAGCUGUGUUUUAACGGAAAGACUGAUCCUCAUAGAUGGCUGACAGCUGCUCAUGGAAAAUGGUCUUAAACCCAUGAAUGGUUACUAUUGCACAGAGUUGAAUGGAAUGCCGUGACUUUAGAGCAAUUCUCUUAGGACCUUUUUCUUUGCCUUGCACCCAUCAUAUCCUUAAAUAUUUAAGCGUAAAUAUUGCAAUUAUAAAGUCUAAAAAAUAAUGGCAUGGGUGAAAUUCUUAAGAAAACCUGGGGGUAACCUUGGAAAAGUUUAUCAGCCUGGAAGUAUACUGUCCCUGGCUCCUACAAAAGGUUUGUUAAAUGAACCAGGACAAAACAGCUGCUUUCUUAAUAGUGCUGUUCAGGUAUUAUGGCAACUUGACAUAUUUCGACGAAGUUUAAGAGGUUUAACUGGACAUGUGUGUCAGGGAGAUGCGUGCAUAUUUUGUGCUUUAAAGGCAAUAUUUUCACAAUUUCAACACAGUCGAGAAAAAGCACUCCCAUCAGAUAAUAUGAGACAUGCCCUGGCAGAAAGUUUUAAGGAUGAACAGCGUUUCCAGCUUGGAUUCAUGGAUGAUGCAGCAGAAUGCUUUGAAAAUAUCCUUGAGAGGAUUCAUUUUCACCUAGUGCCAAACAGUGAGACAGAUAUGUGCACUUCAAAAUCCUGUAUUUCUCAUCAGAAGUUUGCUAUGACACUGUAUGAACAGUGUGUAUGUCGCAGUUGUGGAGCAUCAUCAGACCCAUUGCCUUUUACAGAAUUUGUGCGUUACAUUUCUACCACAGCCCUGUGUAAUGAAGUAGAAAGAAUGAUGGAGAGGCAUGAACGUCUCAAGCCGGAAAUGUUUGCAGAAUUGCUGCAGGCAGCAAAUACUACUGAUGACUACAGAAAGUGUCCUAGUAACUGUGGUCAAAAAAUAAAAAUUCGUCGUGUUCUUAUGAAUUGUCCUGAGAUUGUCACAAUCGGUUUAGUCUGGGAUUCAGAACACUCUGACCUGACAGAAGAGGUUAUGCGGAAUCUGGCAACACAACUUUAUCUUCCUGGGCUGUUUUAUAGAGUCACAGAUGAAAAUGCCAAAAAUAGUGAACUUUUUCUUGUGGGAAUGAUUUGCUACACAAGCCGACAUUACUGUGCCUUUGCCUUUCAUACCAAGAGUUGCAAAUGGGUGCUGUUUGAUGAUGCUAAUGUAAAAGAGAUUGGAACAAAAUGGAAAGAUGUGGUCUCCAGGUGCAUUCGAUGUCACUUUCAGCCAUUGUUGCUAUUUUAUGCUAACCCAGAUGGCACAGCUGUAUCUCCAGAAGAUGCUCCAAAGCAGAUUAUUCACUGGUCUCAAUGCAAAGCAGCAGGAGGAAAUGGGGAAGACUUGGGAUUUGAAAAGCAUUCUGCUCCUAAAUCAGACCACAUGAAAGAGAAUGGAGUUGGAGACCCCACUAAUCAAAAGAGUAAUAAAAAACUUCAGCCAGAUAAUACAGUAUUCAGUAGAAGCCAUCUUCAAGCUAGUAGUGGUAGAGGUCCAGCUAAGUUAGGUUACAGCGAUCAAAAGGACAGGCUAAAGGACAUAUCCAGAGAGUGUGCUCAGAAAGCUGCUGAUAUGAAAAACUUCUCAUCUUUACGAAAAGAUGCAGACAGAGGACCAAGAAAAGAGUCUGGGAGACAAAGAGACUUGAUUGGGGAAGAUCGUUCCAAUGUUAAGUCGGGGUCUCCUCCCGUUGGAAAUGGAUUUAGACACUGUGCUGAUCAGCGUAUAUACAGCAGCCAGGGAAGAGGCUCCUAUAAGCAUGACGGUGCACCUCACCAAGCAAAGCUUUCUGUACAAGUGCUUGGAUCAAAUAAAACAGAAGCGUUUCCUGCUGGGGAGAAACCAAUGAUCAGGACCCGGACUGAUGGUGUCACUGGCUAUGAUACAGACACCAGUCAAGACUCUAGGGAAAAAGGAAGUAGCAGCAGCAGCAGAAGCAGAAGUAAAGGUUGGAAACCUAUGCGAGAGACACUAAACGUAGACAGCAUUUUCAGUGAGACUGAGAAAAAACAGCAUAGCCCAAAGCACAAGGUAAAUCCGAACAGUAAAUCUAAGCAUGAAAAGGAGCGAAGCUUUAACCAUUGGCCAAAAGAGAACCAAAUCCAGAAAGGUUUAAUGACUAUAUAUGAAGAUGAAACAAAACAGGAUACAGGAAGUAGAAGUUCACUGGAUUCAGAGGGAAAAGGGAAUGCUGAAAAAAGCAAAGGAUUUACAGAGAGAAAAAUCCACAGUGAUAACUGGCAAAUUCAGAGGACAGAAUCUGGAUAUGAAAGCAGUGAUCAUAUCAGCAAUGGAUCUGCAAAUCCGGACUCGCCCAUUAUUGAAGGAAUCAAUCUGGCAGAUGUCAAGAAUGUUAAAGAAAAUGCUUCCUGCAGGAAGGAAUUGGCAGGGUGUUUGUCAGCUCCCUAUCUGGACUGUGAACAGAACUUGUCAACCAAAAAAGCUGACAAUGUGUUACAUUCAGUAUCCCAGCAGAACAGAAACUUUUAUGACUUGAGGAAAGAUCCAGUCAAUUCAGAAGUUAACUACAGACCUCAUGUUAAUUUCCCGACAGAACUACAUUUGCAGGUGCCCAGUCCUCCAGUAAAGAGAGCUGAAAUGCCUGAGACCAAUAGGAAACUUUACCAAUCAUCAGCUCUACAGCCAGUUCUUAAAGACAUUGUUAAGUCAGAAAGUAGGAACAAGGCAAAUGAACAGAAUUCUUCAGAGUGGCUUAAUCCAGACAAGAUUGAGAAGAUGAAUGUGUCAGUAUAUUGUGCUGAUGGCGUAUCCCACCCCUAUACAGAAAAUGUCUGCGGAAGGAAGCUGAUCAACAAUGACUUUCACUCCUCUUCCCAGCCACAGUCUCAUUAUACAAGAACGUUUGGUCCCAAGGUGGGCUUGUCACCUUGUGUGCCACAGAACCUGUCAGAAAGGCCCAUGGUGCUUCCCCCUCCUGGUGAGCAUGCCAGGCACCCACUCCGAAGGGCGGAUGCUCUUUGGGUGCCUGAAGCAGUGUACCAGAAUCUUCCUCCCCCUUUACCGCCCAAGAAAUACACUCUGAAUGCUUCGCCAGGAUCAGAAAAUAACUCAGCAGCUGAUGUAAAAUCGACAGAAGUGUUGCAAAAUAAUCCGGUAAGGCAAACAGGUACACCUUUAAAAUCUGCAUCAGAAGCAAGCAUAUUUACAAAUGAACAAAGGCUUAAAGAGCCGUUUCAAGGGAAUGAACUGUUUGUUCAUAAACCGGAUUCUCCACCUCGCUUAUCAGUUAAUGACUUUUGGACUGUGUCUGAAAACUUUUUAAAGAAAGGAUCUCGUCAUAUGGGACCAGGUGCUGGCUAUGUGGAUGGAAAUGAUAGUGUAUCCCUAACGACAUAUUUUUCAGUAGAUAGUUGUAUGACUGACACAUACAGGAUGAAAUAUCAUCAGAGACCCAAGCUGUAUUUUACAGAUAGUGGAAGUUUUCACAAAGAAAAACAUCCUCCAUCAGCUGGAGUAGAACUGAGUGCUACAUACCAUGCUACUCUUGAGCCCAGGCAUCCCACAUCUGAGCAAAGGUACAAGGCAAAUGUAGAAGGCAUACACUGCAGUAGAUAGAUUCUUAAAAAAAAAAAAAAAAAAAAAUCUGGAUCUGACUUUUGUAUUUCAUGUAGUCUGUAAAUGGGCACAAACCUUGAAUCUCUAUGUGUGUGAUAACUAGGUACCCAGUUGACUGUACUUUGCUUAGGAGUUAUGACUGUUUAAAUGAAUAUGCAAAUAGAGGUGAACAGAGAAGAGGUGCUAAACUUCUGGUUCUUUGAUUUGUUACUCUAGUUGCCUUAAUGUUUACCUCUGUUACUCAGCUUGUCUUCUACAGUUUAUAUUAAAAAUGGUCCCUUUGCCUGUAUGCAUCUUACAGCAGUGGGAUCAACUAGAUGUUACUAACUUUGUAAGGAGAUUUAAUUAAUUGCAGUUUAAAAAGUGUUCCUUCAGAACGUGGUCACUACAUACUUAGACUAACAGAAGGGAUAAACAUAUUACCAUAUAUAACGCAGUAAAUGUAGUUAAAAUAGAGCAGUAUUUGUCCUGAUAGGUAGCAGGAGGCGACAUAGGUUUUUUUUGACUGACUUCGCUGAGAGUCUGUGCUUUCACAAACCUUCAAGUGUCUUUAAUACAAGUUUACCCAGAGAAUUUCUAACUUUUUAUUUGAAAAGCCUUAAUAAUAAUAAUUCUUUAAAAAUGGUUCUGGUUUGCAAGUGUUAAAUAAGAUUUUCAAAGGGAAUUCAAGUAAACUGCAGUAAUAGACUGUCCUAUUAAUAUACCUGCUCUAUGUUAGUGUACAUUUUUAAACACAUUUACCAGAGUUGUUCACCCUAUAUAUACUUUAACUUAUUAAAAUUAACCACAUAAGCUACAAACUGAUAUAGCAGAAUAGGAUGCUAAUUUUAAAAUACAGUUAUCCUGCAACUAUGAAACAUUAAUUUUGUAAGAUUUUAGAUGUAUUUACUACUUAUGUUCAGUUCUGAUUUAUUCUACAAUUGCAUGCAAAGUCAAUGCUGCUAUUUAUUGAACUUUCUAUGUUUUUUCAGCUUGACAUUUUGAGCAAUGUUUAAUGGGGAUCAGACAUUUGAUUUUACUGGCGUUUUUUCCUAUUCAGAGCAGUCCUACACAUGGAUGUGUUCUGUAUUAGCAAAUCGGGCUGACUAAACCUGCAGCCGUUCGGACUGCGGUGGCUGAGGGGGCAUGAAAAGAGGUUCCUCACUCUUUCUCUGCUCUAGCACCCUGCCCUGCAGUUUUGGCAGCUCUGGCAUUUACCAUGUCUUUUGGUAAACUGACUUAUUUCAGUAACAAAGAGGAGUAUUUAUUUGGCUUUUAUUUGGUUAGUUAAAUCAGUGCACAGAACUAUUUAGUGAGUGCUGAGGCCCAGCACGUGGCCCAGUGAGGGCUGGGGAAGAAAGCAGGGCCAACAGGAUUUCGCCCUCACGGCAGCCCUAAGCAUCAGUGAAAUGACCCACUGUGUCUUGUGUCAGAGGCAGGGGCUUAGAGUUCUCUUUCAGUCUUAACGUAACAUUGAACUAUGUAUAACUUACAAUUAUUGUCAGCAAAGUCUGACACAAUCCGAAAAGGCUAAAUUUUGCCAUUAUUCAUAUUAGAGUGUUAACUUGGGGUGCUGCUGAUUACAUCUAAACAUCAAUGCCUUUUAGUUAUGAAAAUAAUGCAGGAAGGUUAAAUAUGCAUAAUAAACACUCUUGCUUAUACUAGCACUGUUAGUCAGGCUUUUUUAUGUUUAUAAACCUUAUAUGAGUUUUAGUGCUUCAACCAAAUGUUGGCAGUUGUUUAGCAUGAUUAUCCAAGGUAUACAUUUAAACAGUAGUUUUGGUUAUUCUGUGUCAAGGUCAGUUGUUUUUUGUUCGUUUGGGGUUUUUUUUGUUUUUUUUUUUUUAAAACUACAUGUAACUUACAGUAGAACUGGAACAUAUAUGCAACAAACCAGGUAUCUCAGAUUAAUCUUAUUUCUACCUUCUUGAUCAAAAUUUAUUGUAGCACUUGGAAGAAAAAAAAUUCUAGAAUUUGCAGUGCAAAUAAUUAUGCAUGUUUAGGUAUGGCUGCUGAUAAACAGCAACUUAAAAAGAUUAUCCUUUUGUAAGAAAAUCAGUUGAAUGCAGAAAAAGAACCCUGAAAAUGUAAGAACUUGGAAGAUUCCUAAUUGUCGUAUUUUUGAGAUAUUUCAGAACCUGUAAAUUAAACUUUUCUAGUUCAUCUAGCAAUGUUACAUAAUAUAUAUAGCCAGUUACAUAAAACUGUGUUCUAAUACUCGUGUAAAAACAAAGAUUAUUGGAAUUUGUAAAUAAUGUAUAAUUUGUAAAAUGUUUUGCAAAAAUCUUGUAUUUGAAAUUAUAGUAUUUUUAUGUAUGAAUAGCACAGCAACAACUGUGAAUGAUGUUAGAACACUUAUUUUUAAACAUGCAUAGCAAUGUUCAUAUUUCUGUACAAUGAGCAAUAUGAAUGCCUAUUACUGAUACCAAUGAAUUUGGCUUCCAGUAAGCACAACUGGUAAACUUACUUUUAAAGCAGCUGCAGUAGUUUAGAUGUACUUCAGGCUCCUUGCUUUGCUUGAAACAAUCUUACCAGACAACUUUGUGACCCAUGUUUACAAGGUAUUUAAUUAUAGUAAAUAGACAGCUAAUCGAGGCACCUUUGUUUUUAUAUUUGACUCUGCACUCCAUGUAUGUAUGUACGUAAUAUUUGCUAACUAAUAUGUGAUAACUUGUUUUAACUUACCUAGGGUGCCUAUUUAUUUUUUUAUAAAUGUCCCCUUCUGGCUAUAGAUUUGUAUAAGAGCCUAGACAAUUUUUGUAACAGUGAAGACAUUAACAAGUCUUGUAAUUAAUAUAUUUUUCAGUCUUUAGAAUUAUUUUCUUGCAAAGUUCUGCUUGUUCAAACUAUCAGAUAAAAAUUUAAACAUCUUUGUCUUCUGUUUUUUUUUGUAUUCCACACUUUUUUCUAAAAGAAAAAAAGUUGGCCUUCCAGAACUACAUUUUUCCAACAGUGACAGAUAAUACUGCUAUUAAUGGUUAAGUUUUGCAGAGAUGGUGGUUCAGUUACCUUUUUUUGAACAGUAAAAUUAAUCUUCUGAAGUA